AUUAUGCAAUAAAAACUGAUAAAAUCUUAAAAUUAAGAUGUUACGAAUAUUUGGUUAUUUAUAUGGUAGGUCGACAAUGGUGUCGAGAGUGUAUUGGAUAUGGCGAAGAUUUGCCCCUUGCGACAUGAAGGGAAAGUCAUGAGAAUCGUUUUACCGAAGAAAUGCGAAUGGAAGGAGAAUGAUUCUGACCAUCGCCAUUUUGCUACAUCACAAUUCGAAGUUAACUAUAUUAAUGGAAUACAUUUUUCUUUUAUCUUCAUCGAACAUAAGGCAUGGCUAGCAGAGCUGAAGCUGAAGCCUCCAUAAAUAAUGAUCAUGGCCUGCUUGCUAAGCCUUUGCAUUUGCAACGUCUGGAACAAGCACUUCGUUUGGAACCCUUUCUUGACUAUGCUCAAAGUGUUUUUAGUGAAUCAACCAGUGAUCCUGAAAAUGGUGAAGAAAUAAAUCUAUCUGAUGUUGAUAUAGAUGAAGACAUUUUUAAAGAAAAGUUUAACUAUAGACAAGAACGAAGAUGUGAUCGAUUGCGCCUUUAUAACUUUAGUAAAGUGAAGAAAAGCAGAUUAUGGUUGAAAGAUAUAUUGUUGAGUGACUCAUCUGACACUGAUGACUCCAGUGGUUCAAUUACUGAAGAGGAUCUUCAGGACAUGCUAAAAUUUCACAAACUUCAAAAAACUGCUCAAGGUGAAUUUCAUAGGAAUCCGGAACUUCGCCAGUAUCAAUAUUAUGGAUCUGGAUUAUUGUCUAAUUAUGAUAAAUUUUAUGAUAAUCAGAAGCAAGUUCUAGGAAACAAAAGAUCGAAAGAAAAGAAAUGUGAUAAGAGGAAAGGAAAAUUUAAAAAACUGAAGUCUGAUGGGAAAGGGGCAAAAGACAACCAGGAUUCUAAACGAGCUGAAGGAAAAGGACAGAAAAAUGAAGAAUCUGAUGGAUUUCGGAAACACACAAAAAAGAAAAGUUCAGCAUCACACGAAGCUGUUAUGAAUGCAAAAAGAAGACGAGUAUGGGUAGCAAUAGGAAAAAAGGAAAUCGGAAGAGCGCACAAACAAAUGUCUAUUGCUCAUAAGGAAACUCUGACUGCUGCUAAAAGGUUGGCUCAAGCAUGUCAACGUGAAGUUCGAAAAUCAGCACUAACCUCUCAAAAGUUAACAAAAGAUGUUCCUGGCCGAGCGAAGCGUUUGACAAAAGAAAUGAUGCUUUAUUGGAAGAGGUAUGAUAAGGUAGAAAAGGAACACCGUAAAAGAGCUGAGAAAGAAGCUCAAGAGCAGUUAAGAUUGGAUAUAGAGCUGCGGGAGGCGAAGCGUCAGCAGCGAAAAUUAAAUUUCUUAAUCACUCAAACUGAACUUUAUGCUCAUUUUAUGAGCAGAAAAGUUACAGGCAUGCAAGACGCACAAGAGGAGCAUAUUUUACGGCAAUUGGAUGAGCCUAAACUAGAGCCAGGCACAACACCAGCUUCUCUCUUAAAAGACGAUGAUACUUAUAAUCCAGAAGAAAUGAAAGCAUUGGCUUUAAAAAAUGCAGAUCUUGCUUAUAAAGCACAGUUAGAUAAGACAUAUGCAUUUGAUGCUGUGUUGCAAAUACCCAAAAUUAAGAAGGAACCCAACAUCCAAGAUGAAUUUGAUGAAAAUUUUAAAUUGGCUAAUCCAGCUAUUAGUGUAGAUGAAGAACAUGAACAGCCACCGCUGUUUAAUGGAAAACUCAAGUCUUAUCAAUUGAAAGGCAUGAAUUGGUUGUACAGUUUGUAUGACAAAGGGAUUAAUGGAAUACUUGCAGAUGAAAUGGGUCUUGGUAAAACUGUUCAAACAAUUGCAUUUCUAGCUACUUUAAUCAAAGCUCAACACAUCUGGGGCCCAUUUUUAAUAAUUGCACCUGCUUCUACUCUGCAUAAUUGGCAGCAAGAAUUUGCAAAAUUUGUACCAAAGUUUAAGGUUUUGCCUUAUUGGGGAAAUGCUGGUGAUCGCAAAGUUUUAAGAAAAUUUUGGAACCAGAAGGAUUUGCACACAGAAAAUGCCUCGUUUCAUGUACUAAUUACAAGUUAUCAACUUGUGGUACAAGAUGUAAAAUAUUUUCAACGUAUUAAAUGGCAGUAUAUGGUUUUAGAUGAAGCUCAAGCUAUUAAGAGUACUUCAAGUAUACGUUGGAAAAUACUCUUGGGGUUCAACUGUCGUAAUAGACUCCUUUUAAGUGGAACUCCUAUUCAAAAUAGUAUGGCUGAACUUUGGGCGUUGCUGCAUUUUAUUAUGCCAACACUUUUCGAUUCCCAUGAAGAAUUUAAUGAAUGGUUUUCCAAAGAUAUAGAGAGUCAUGCUGAGAACAAAUCUAUUAUUGACGAAAAGCAUUUAUCUAGACUUCAUAAAAUUCUAAAACCUUUUAUGCUGAGAAGGGUGAAGAAAGAUGUGGAAAAUGAAUUAUCAGAUAAAAUUGAGAUGCUUGUUCAUUGUCCUCUCACGAGAAGGCAGAAAUUCUUAUAUGAGUAUCUAAGGAAGAAAAUUUCAAUUGAUGAUUUGAUGCAAACUUCAUCAGCAGUAUCAUCUCAUGUUCAGUCAGCCACAUCGCACUUAAUGAAUUUAGUCAUGCAGUUUCGAAAAGUCUGUAAUCAUCCCGACUUGUUUGAAAAACGUGAAGUGAAAUCUCCAUUUUUUUCCAAGUCACUGUCAUAUUUUCUCCCCAAAAUUUUGUAUAGACAAGGAUUGCUAUAUUUAAACAAUGAAGACAAGCACUAUAUAGCACUUAACAUUUUAAACAUUUUUCAAGCUUAUUAUCUUCAUCGUAGUCUAUUCCCAGAGAAUACUACAAACAAAUAUAAACUCAUGGACUGCACAUUUUCAUUUCUACGUUUUAGUGGAAUUUCAAUUGCCGAAUUUUCUCAUAUAUAUUUGUAUGGUCUACUAAAUAGGUGGGUUGCUGCUUACCUACUGUGGAAAUCAGCAUAUCGGAUACAUCACAAUUCAUUAUGGAAUAAUGUACAAAGUUCAAAAUUUCUAAGUCAAGAUAGUUUUAUGUUGUAUCCAUUGCUACCAGAGUAUUCUUCUCAUUUAUCGAAUAGUGCCUUUUCUUCUUCACUUGUAUUUACCAGCUAUGUAAAUAAUUGUACUGGUUUCAUAGAUGAAGUAAUUUAUCCUGUAAAUAAAGUUCAAUCAUCAGCCUUCAUCAAAAGUAGUGAUGCUAUUACAGUGAAACAAGAAUGUGAUGACUCUCUACCUGUGGGAGAAAUGACACACGAGCCAUUCUCUUCUGACGUAAUCUCCUGCCAAUUAUCUAGUCCUCCUUCAUUUUUAACAAAUUUAUCAACCAAGGUUAUGGCAGAACCUUUGUGUGUUUAUACACCAGAUCGUAGUGCAGAGUGGUGGUUCAUGAGAAACAAGUUAUGUGGCUCCGUUCAAGCUCUCCGAACAAUGCUUUAUGGAUUUCCAGACGUAACUCCUAUGAGACUAAAGCACCAGUCUCUAAUGUUUCAACCUCCUAUUGUUGGUGGCAUACAUGCAAUUCACCCACAGAAUGGAUGGUCAAAGAUUCUAAUACCAGAUAAGGAGACUUUGGUGACAGAUUCUGGGAAACUUCAAGUGUUAGAUAAUUUAUUAACUACCUUAAAGUCACAGGGUCACAGAGUUUUGAUUUAUUCUCAGAUGACAAGAAUGAUUGAUAUCCUUGAGGAUUAUAUGUACUACAGGAAACAUACUUAUAUGCGUUUAGAUGGGUCAUCCAAAAUUGCUGAUCGUCGCGAUAUGGUUGCUGAUUUUCAGAAUAGAUCUGACAUUUUUGUCUUUCUCUUAAGUACUCGAGCUGGUGGAUUAGGAAUCAAUCUUACCGCUGCUGAUACAGUUAUAUUUUACGACAGUGAUUGGAAUCCUACCGUUGAUCAGCAAGCUAUGGAUCGAGCACAUCGCUUGGGACAAACAAAGCAAGUAACUGUGUAUCGUUUGAUUUGUCAGGGAUCUAUUGAGGAGAGAAUAUUGCAAAGAGCUAGAGAAAAAUCUGAGAUACAGAGAAUGGUCAUAAGUGGUGGUAACUUUAAACCAGAUACUUUGAAACCAAAGGAAGUGGUGUCAUUACUUUUGGAUGACGAUGAGUUAGAAAGGAAAUUUCGACUUCGUCAAGAAGAAAGGAGACAGAUGGAAAAAACAAACCUUGAGCGCAAGAAGAAACCUGAAGGAUUCAGUGAGAGUAAGAGAGGGCGAAAGAAGAGGAAGGAUGAUGUUGUAACUUCAGUGCCUGUGAAUAACCAAGAUGGUGAUUCAAUGCAAAGCAUGGAUUCUAUCCCACAUAGUCCAUACAGCGAACAUUCAACUAGUUUUCCGGCCAUCCAAGAUGAUACAAGCAGUGAAGGACCAUUGAUUGUAGAUGAUUGUAGCCCUUCAAGUACUCCUACACCAUUUUCAAUAAAUAUGUUUGGUAGUACAAGUGUGGAAGACAGUGCCGCGUCUCCAUUCUUGAAGAAGAGAGGUUCUGGAAGAGGUAGAGGUCGUCCAAGAGGAUCAGGAAGAAGAGGAAACGGCAGAGGACGUGGCAACAUGCUCUCUGUAGCUGCAGCAGAAUUAGCUGGAGCUCAAGCUGGGAAAUCAGCUGGAUUUGCUGCAUAUGGAUAUUCUGCUAAUAGUACAAAGCCAAGUUUGCCUUCAGAUAAAAGUUCCAUAUUUAGAGGUCAACGAAGCAACUCCAGGGCUAGUGGUAACUUAUCAAAAUUUGCUGCAUCCAGAGGCAGAAGUAGCUACAAACCAAUCAGUCCAAACAUCCCUGUGCAAUCAAUAUCCCUUGGGUUUUAUAUGCCUGGACCACAAUUACAAGGACCUUGAUUGGUUUCAUUUGUGGUAUUUGCUUGUUUUAGUCAAUUAUUUAUGUACCUUCAUCGAACCAUUGCUUCAUUUUUGUUCAGAAUCCUACUUUGACUUUUGUUGUAUGUUGUUUUGACAUUGUUAGGAUUUUUUGACAUUAUUGUAUAAAGUUGUUUUUAAUGUAGAUAACUGUACAGCAGAGAUUUAUUUAUGUAUCAUAGUGACGCAGCCAACAUUUGUUCAGAGUUACUUAGCAUCUCUGUAAUAUUCAUCCAGUGAAAUAAAAUUAUAAUUUGUUUUUC